AUCCGUCGUAAAAAACACCUUCACAUCAAACACCACCACGUAAUCAUCUCUAACGUGCCACAUGUUCUUAAAUCUCGUGUCUCGAGUCGAGAAGUCUUACAAGAAAAUAUUGCACCUACGAGAGAAAGAGAACGAGAGAAAUGGAGGCAACGAAAGAAAGAAUGGAAAAAGAAGAGAAGAAGAUAGACCUCACCAAUGAGGCCGGAAAAGCCGAAGACAACACGACGGUGAGAGCCAUUGUUCGUGAGUCUAUAGUGGAAGACAGAGGUUCCAACGACGGUGACGGCGACAAAGACAACGACCAUGACGCUCGCAAGCCAGAGGACAUUCUUGCUUUCUCAAGAACCGUACGGAAGAUCGAUUCAUCCCUCGAGUAGUAUUUAAUGUGUUCUGUUUUGUAGUCUUUAAUUUCUUUCAAAAAUGGUGUAAAUGAUCUUUUUUUCUAUAACAAUCGAAUGGCCAAACAAAUAAACUGUUUGAU